GCGCUCGGAGCCGUUAGGAGGAACAGGGGAGGAUCGCUGCCUGCUGAAAAGCUAAGAGUUUUCGUGGUAAUGAGUAACGUGCUAACGGGGCCCGUUCUCUUUGGCCUUCAUUUAAACUGAGGAUUAGCCGUCUCAUCAGAGCUCCUGGUGGACAGCCAAGGCUGGUUUUGCCUGCGAGCAAACUCUAAUAGCGCAUUGGGAAGGAAACUAGCUGCUCGCUCCCUCAGAGGAAGCUUUUUUGCAUAUCUCCUUUUGGCAAGGAACUCGAAGCAAUUUAUAAAGUUAAUUUAUUUGGACCGACAUCAAGAAAAGAAAAACGUACCGCUUUCCCACUUCCUGCUGUAAUGCGUUUGGAUCAGUUCUGUAGCUCAGCCCGGGAGCGUGCUGUUUAUCUACCUGGAUUCGGCACAUCAAAGGAUCCGAGAGCGUAUUGAUGAUCUCCGUCGUCUCAGGCAAUGCAGCCUCGCAAGAGAGUUAAGCCGAGCAAGCUGCAACAUCACCCGGGCCCUCCUCCAGACGAAGGGCGGCGAAGCGGCAACGCGACGCGGACCUGUGCUGAGGAGGCCUCGGGGGAGCCGCUUCUGAUUGGACGAUCCGCCGCUCGGCCCGGUCCAGGCGCGGUACCCCGGUGGCCGUGGCGCCGGCGUGUUUCCACAGCGGUCGGGCUGUCGUUAGCCGGGCUGCUGGCACUGGCUCAGGCCGUGUGCGUCAACGCCAUACACGAGAAUCUGCUGUGGUUCUCUCAGCUCACGGAGAUGGAGAGGGAGAUCUCCUUCCGGACCGAGUGUGGACUGUACUACUCCUACUACAAGCAGAUGUUGCAGGCCCCGUCCAUACAGGAAGGGAUUUCCGAUUUGAUCCAUGACAACUUGACAGAAUCCAAGAGGACUAUCAAUCUGCUGCAGCGGAUGAAUAUCUACCAAGAGGUCUUCCUCAGCGUUCUCUACAGAUUGUUGCCCAUACAGUCCUAUCUGGAGCCCGUGUAUUUCUACAUUUACACGGUGUUCUCGCUCCAAGCGGUGUACGUGAUCGCUCUGUACCUCACAGCGUGGCUGCUGUCGGGUUCUUGGCUGGCUGGCACGCUCUCGGGGGUCUGGUACCUACUCAACAGGGUGGACACCACUCGGGUGGAGUUCACCAUCUCCCUCAGAGAGAACUGGUCUCUGCCCUUCCUGGCGCUGCAGGUCACCGUCAUCACCUGUUACCUCAGGCCUCAGCUCAGCGUCCUGCAGCAGAAGGUGCUGGUGUGGUUGAUGUAUGUGACGACGUUCUGCUUCUGUCUCACGUGGCAGUUCAACCAGUUCAUCCUGCUGGUUCAGGCGCUCAUCAUUUACACCCUGGACUGUGGCGAUUUAUUAACCUCCACACAGGUGACCACGAUGUACCUCGUACAAGUGUGCGGUCUGCUAAGUGUGUGGCUGCUGCAGUUCUGUAACUCCAUGAUACUGGGAUCGCUGGUUCUGAGCUUCAUCGUAGCCGCACUCUUCAUCAGACACUGCCAGUCCGGUCUGAAGACGGGAAGCCCGUUGGUCCGUCUGGCCAAACUGCUCCUCCACAGCGCCAUGGUUCUCCUCCUCACCGUCACCAUCAACCACAUGGCCAAGAAAGCUCUCCAGCUCCGAUCGGACGAACACAUCUUUAAAUUCAUCAAGUCAAAGUUGGCCUUGGGACCGACGAGGGAUUUCGAUGCCAGUCUGUAUCUGUGCGAGGAGGCCUUCGGCCUGCUGCCCCUGGACACACUAGAGCGCUUGGGUGGCACGCUGUUGCUGUACCCCUACGUGCUCACACUGCUGCUUCUCAGCGCCAUGCUGGCAGUGGCUGCCGUGCACAACCUCAGACCUAAAGGCUGCUCAGCCGAGGAGAGGAAGGGGGGCGGAGAGGGGCGGGCGGUGGCCUUCCGUCCCGAUGUGGCCUACAACCUGUUGCACACGCUGUUCUACGGACUCCUGGCCUUCAGCACCAUGAGGAUGAAGUACAUAUGGACCGGCCACAUGUGUGCCGUUGCUGCCUACGGUGUGUGUGGGAAGGAGCUGUGGACUCUGCUUCUCGACACUCUCCGCUGCAACAGCAAAGUUCUGUUGCGGCUCGUGAGAUACGCAGUCCCACUGUUGGUGAUGGGUUGCCUGUAUUACAAGUUCUGGCCUAAGCUGAUGGAGGAGCUAUCCGAACUGAGGGAGUUCUUUGACCCGGACACCGUGGAGCUCAUGACCUGGAUUAGCACAAAGACCCCUAAGAGAGCAGUAUUUGCGGGCAGCAUGCAGCUGCUGGCCGGCAUCAAGCUGUGCACAGGCAGAGUUCUCACCAACCACCCCCAUUAUGAAGAUAAAGACCUGCGGGAGAGGACCAAGCAGGUGUACCAGGUGUACGCUCGCCGGUCCCCGGAGGAGGUCCACGGCAUCCUGAGGGCCAUCGGGGCCGACUACGUGGUGCUGGAGAACAGCAUCUGCUACGAGAAGAGGCACAGCCGAGGCUGCAGACUGAGGGACCUGCUCGACCUGGCCAACGGACACAUCAUGGACGGCCCGGGGGAGAAUGACCCAGACCUCGUCCCCGCCUCCCAUCCUCGAUUUUGCGAGGCCAUUAAGACGGAGACGGAUGCUUACGGCGCUCUGUUCACCAGGACCUUCCAGAACAAAACCUUCCACGUGUACCGGGUCAAGAAGAAGAGCAAGAAGAGCUCCAAGGGGCCCAGUGGGACUCUGUAGAGCGGGACCAGGGGAGAGAACACAAUGGCCAUUCUUUUGUAACACACGGCUCGGUGCAGAUGAACAAACGCGAGGCCCCCGAGCGGCUUCCGGAACCACAGCAGCUGCACAGCGGCAUGAAAUGGAUCUAAUCCGUUCAUAUUGUUUUCUCUGCUCGGCUUUCAGUAGAACUGAUCAAAUCGGGAUACAACAUCAGAUCAAAUGAAAAAACAAAACUUUAUCAAAUCCAUUAUUUUAGUUUUGCUUUUCUCACAUUCAAGCAACGCGGCAUGAAUGACUCCAAAGAUUGAAAUUCCACACGUCGUAAUAAGAAAAUGCUUUUGGUAGCGCAAACUGAACCUCCGGUUCUUCUCCACUUUUGGAAAAGAUGGGGAGAUGCCAAAUAAUACUCACUCGUCCAUUAAGAAUUGUUUGAUCUUGGUGGUUCUAAGCAAAAAAAAUAUUUCUUACUCUUUACAUUUGCAACAGUUGCAAGUAUUGUUGAGUAUUUUUAACUCCAUUAGUGGAUUAGUUAGUGGGUUUAGAGAAGAAUUGAAGUGUGACGAGUUCAGCAACCAGGAUUGAAUUUCCCUACUUACAUGUUACUUUUCAUUUUUUGUCUAUAUAGUCUAUAUAGACUUUUUCUUUUGUUUCCAUGAGUCUCACUACAGAAACGCUGUAAUAGUACUGCAGUACUGCAAAUCACAAAUGUACAAGUGGCAGGUGUGUCACAAGUUGGGCUUAGGCACUGCUGAGAUGGAAACCUUUGAGAUGCCCUGCACAGCGUGGCAGACCCGAUGUCCAUCAGUGACCUUCGUGACCUCAGUGAAGCGCUCUGUGGCUGCUAGCGCUAGCACGAGCUAACGCCAGUCAGUCAGAUUCUCUUAUUUUUCUGUACUGUGCCGUGGCAUCUUGUUCUGUGUGUUGUACCUUAUUUCAUUCCGUAAAGUUUCAUUGCCGAAGGCCCACUUUUGGCCAAAAUUGCUGCGGUUGAUUCAUUUAGUUCGUACCUGUGCCACGUUUAUACUCAAAUAAUGUGCAUGGUGCCAAUCAGCUAAUAAGCUUCUCUAGUUCCCUCCACUGUGGAUUAUUUGGCUCUUUCUUUCCAGCCCCGCUGAGAUGCUUGAUGAAGUGAAGACGUACGUCUUUGGGCUUCCAUGGAUGCGAUUAACCCCCCCAAACAUCUGGAGUGCCAACAAAGUAAAGCAUAAACGUUCACUCUUGACCCUGGAAACCGGUGCCCUUUCUUCAGGGCUUCGUACCGUCCUCUGAUGGCGUGUGUGGCUGAAUGUUGUUGUGUCGUUAAAUGCCUUUUUGUAGUCACAAAUAAACGUGUUCUUUCAGUG